AUGACUUCUCAAAGUGACAUUGAUUUCUCAAAAUUAUUCGCCAAAAUCGAUGAAUUGAAACCAAAUUUCAUUCAAAGAUUACAAAAAGCUGUGGAAAUCCCUUCAGUUUCUGGUGAUGAAUCUCUAAGACCACAAGUCUUCAAAACUGCUGAGUUCCUUAAGGAUGAAUUGACCAGACUAGGUGCCCAAGAUAUCCAAUUAUCCCCAUUGGGUAAACAACCACCACAAGUUGCUAAUCCAGACUUAGAAUUACCACCAAUUGUCCUUUCAAGAUUUGGUUCAGAUCCUGCUAAAAAGACAAUAUUGGUGUAUGGUCAUUAUGAUGUCCAACCUGCCUCUUUAGAAGAUGGGUGGAACACUGAUCCUUUCAAAUUGGUGGAAAAAAAUGAUGUCUUGUACGGUAGAGGUUCUUCAGAUGAUAAAGGUCCUGUUAUGGGUUGGUUAAACGUUAUUGAGGCUCAUAAUGCCCUUGGUUUAGAAUUACCUGUUAACUUAAUCACUUGUUUUGAAGGUAUGGAAGAAUCCGGUUCUUUAGGUUUAGAUGAAUUGAUUGCACGUGAAGCUAAAGGUUAUUUCAAAGGUGUUGACGCUGUCACCAUUAGUGAUAAUUAUUGGUUAGGUACUACAAAACCUGUCUUAACUUAUGGGUUAAGAGGGGUCAACUAUUAUCAAAUCUCUGUUAAUGGACCUUCUGCAGAUUUACAUUCUGGUUUAUUUGGUGGUAUUGUCGCUGAACCUUUGAAUGAUUUAGUUAAAUUAUUGGCAAACUUGGCUGAUCCACAGGGGAAAAUCUUGAUUAAAGGGAUCGAUGAACAAGUUGCUCCAUUAACUGAACAAGAGGAUAAAUUAUAUGAUGAUAUUGAAUUUGAUGUUCAAGUUCUUAAUGAUGCAACUGGUUCCAAAACCGCAUUAUAUAAUGAUAAAAAAUCCAUUUUACAACAUAGAUGGAGAUACCCAUCUUUAUCAAUCCAUGGUAUUGAAGGUGCCUUCAGUGAAGCCGGUGCUAAAACUGUGAUCCCGGCAAAAGUUAAAGGGAAAUUCUCCAUUAGAACAGUUCCAAAUAUUGAAUCUGCAAAAUUAACUGAAUUAGUUAUAAAACAUGUUGAACAAGAUUUCGCUAAAUUAAACUCUCCAAAUAAAGUUCAUGUGGAAUUAAUCCAUGAUGGUGAUUAUUGGUUAAGUGAUCCUUUCAAUGAAAAUUUCACAGCUGCAAGAAAAGCAACAAAGAAAGUUUGGAACAUUGAUCCAGAUUUAACAAGAGAAGGUGGUUCAAUCCCAAUCACUUUAACUUUUGAAAAAGAAUUGAAAACUAGUGUCUUGUUGUUACCUAUUGGUAGAGGUGAUGAUGGUGCUCAUUCAACUAAUGAAAAAUUGGAUGUUAGUAACUAUAUCGAGGGGGUUAAGACUCAAUCUGCUUAUUUACAUUACUAUGCUCAAGGUGAUAAAUAG